AUGAUGUUCCUUGCAUCGUUGUUGUUGCUCCUCUCAAUCAUCAGCAGUAUGAGCAAUCAACAUAUCGUCGUCGAUGCAAAGAAACAACAACAAGACACAGAAAUCAGUAUCAAAGAGGUCAGCAUCUUGCUGCCCUACACAUCAUCCAAAUCAAGACUCUUCUACCGCCUCGGUGCAUCCAACGGCUGCUUUGAAUGGUCAACGAACAAUCAAGACUUGAUCGACUUGGAGCCAUUGUAUGACACAAUACAACCUUGCAAUAAUAAUGAUGGACAAGCAUCUUUGAACUCGGCUAUCAUUGCUACACCUUGGGGCAAUGGUGAGGGCGAGGCCAAUCGUUGCUCUACAGCGGUAAAGGUCAGUGUGCGAAGUGGAUUCGCAGGUCGUGACUCAACGUUGAUCUACGCAGAGGAUCGCACAACCAAUCGUCGUCUGCGCUGCGAGGUGUUUGUCGACAGGAUCGCAUCGAUCAGUAUCGAGACAACGACAAGGAUCAUGUACAAGGACGCCUCAGAGAUACUCGAGGUCGAGGCAUUCGACUCACAGGGCAAUCGCUUCUCAACCGUGCUGGGCAUUGAGUUUGAAUGGUCGGUCAGCGCAUCAAACAUCAUCCAGAUCGUGCCAUUCAAAGAUGCCUCACGUGACACCGACCCCAUCCUCAUCUCGAUGGAGAAGGAGGGCUUGCAGUCAUCACAAGUGUUGGUACAGGGCAUUGACACUGGACGUGCCACGGUCACCGCACGUCUCCUCGAGUCAGCCUACAGCAGCAUCGAGCAGUCUAGCGUCAUCAUCUCCGUUCUCGAGCCCCUCCAGCUCAACCCAUCACACCUUCUCUAUGUGAUCCCCGGUACACAGAUACCCUAUCUCUUGCAAACAGAGAAGAGGAACCAAGUUGAGACCAUCCCAAUGCCAAACCCACAAUACGUUUGGGACUCGACCAACAAAAAGGUUGGAAUCAUUGAGCAGAGUGGACUGUUCCUCGCGACAGACAUUGGAAAGACAGAGGUCAAUGUGCAGCACAAGAAUAUGACAGAGAAUCGCGCUCAUGCCAUCGUCCAUGUGGUCACACCAUCAUACCUGACGCUAAAGAUCGAUCCAAUCGGUCUGGGCCCAGGCCCCGUCGUCAACUGGAACCUCAUCGAGACAAAGAACUACACACUCACCGUGGAGCUCUACGACGCCUCUGGCCACAAGAUAUACAACUCGGACAUCUCGUACGAUGUCAACAUCUCCAAGACCUACUUUGAGCCCAUCCCCGCCCCCAGCAAUGCACGUGUUGCUUCCGACACUUAUCACGUCCGCGCGCUGAAGGAGGGACUCACAUCGGUGCGCGCAUCACUCGUCAAGAUCUAUGACAUCAAGACAGGCAAGCUCAUCCCUCUGCUGCACCCAAUCUCUGUGGAGCAGGAGAUCACCAUCAGUCCAAUGAUCACACUCUUCCCACCAAUGCUCUACUUCCCGUACAACGCUGGCGCCGCCGUCCAGUCCUUCCCGCUGAAGGCCCGCGGUGGCUCGGGCGAGUACCUCUGGCACUGCAAUCACACGGCCAUCGUCGAGGUCGAUCCAACCGGCCUGGUCAAGACCGCCACGCAGCCCGGCAACGCAUUGAUUAGCGUCGUCGACAAGAAGAACCCGCACAACCAUCAGACUUCCAAGGCUUCAGUAAUCCCACCCAACGCCAUCGCGUUCUCGCCCUCGCCCGCCGAGGUCGAGGUUGGCAAGUCACUGAUGUUGUCGACCGUGAUGAAGAGCGACAAGUUACCAGCCGGCCACAACUUUGACGCCUGUAGCAUCCCCAACCUGCACUGGGCCAUAGAGGACCCAUCUGUGUUUGAGCUGCAGGAGCCAUCCACCGAGCCAGAGAAGCAGCCACGUGGCUUUGAGGGCCACAUCUGGAUGCCCAGACGUCCCGACCACUGCUCAGUCAAGCAAGCACUCGCACUCAAGGAGGGCUCAACCUACGUCACAGUGGACCACAAUGGAAUGAAGGCACAGGCUAGGAUCAUUGCCUACCGUCCACUCACCCUCGACCCAUCAGAUGUUCUGGUCACACUUGGAAGCACAGUGCUCGUCAAUCACCAGGGAGGCCCAGAGCCAUGGCUCACUGAUCCCAAGUCUUACUUCCGCACCAUCACGGCACAGAAGCCAGACGACGUGGCCAUCAACGUCGUGUCGCCACACAGCUUCACCGUCACAUGUCUGGCACACACUGAGCAGAAGAUCGUCCUAAAGGUUGGCAAUCGCGCAUCCACCGCUAACCCCGUCCCAGCAUCGCCCAGCGCCAGCAUGUCCUUCCGUUGCGUGCCUCCCACCUCUGUGCAGCUGUCCAUCAAUGAGGACGAGGGCAUGAAGGAGUCGGCCACCAAGGGAGGUAUCCCAUGCACCAACGCCAUCACCUUUUUGAAUGAGCGCAAGCCAGGCUCCGGUGCCGACGACGUGCCACUCUACAAGGUGCGCAACAACCGCGAGAUCCCCUUUGUCUCGGGAGUUUAUGAUGAGCAAGGAAACAAGUUCAGCAACUAUUCAACACUCCAGUUCGCCUGGAAUGCCAAGGAUGAGAAGUUGGCCAAGUGGACCCCCGGCAAGGCCGACUCGCUGGCCAUGCUCACACUGAUGCUACUCGAGGGCAGGACACGUCUCGGUACCCAAGUGGUGGGAUACAACGCCGAUGUGCUCAGCACCGCUGGCGUGCCCUCCAGGAACAUCCCACAGCUCGACUCCAAGCAGCUACAAUCAUCGAUCGAUCUGGACUUGAUAUCAAACGUCAAGCUACUCCCCGCCACCAAGACCAUGUACCUCAGCGACAAAAACAACCUCACACUCACCGCGCUGGGCGGCAGUGGUAGCUUCAAGUUUGCCGCGAACAACUCAAGACUGGCCACACUCGACCCUCAGAUGAGCCAGGUGCUGCUCACACCAGUUGCGCCAGGUUACCUUCGCAUCGAUGUCAACGACGUUUGUCUUGGCGGCAGUGGCGCUGAGCCCUCAAUCAUCUUUAUCAGUGACGCUGCACAAAUCGACCUGACUGCACAAGAGCUCAUCCAGGUUGGCGGCACGACACCCAUGAACAUCACCGUGUUUGACGCCAACAACACACCAUUUGAAGACGAACAAUAUCGCUUCUUUGACCUUGUGCCCCACAUUGACAACCCCAGCGUCCUCUCAAUCAAGCAGUCGCCCGAUGAUCCCCGUCGCUUUACCCUUCGCGGCCUCGACCCCGGUCUUGCCACCCUCACCCUCACCAACACCAAUCCCAAGACAGGUCAGAUGGUACAAUCUCGCACCGUUCAGAUCCAGGUGUUCCCACCAUUCAAGGUUUCCCCACAGACCCUUCACUUGGUUCCAGGCGGCCACUUCCAAUUGCAGUGGAGUGGUGGUGCCGCGUCCAGACAGGACGUCACAUUCAAGUCCAGCGACACAAAGGUCGCCACUGUCAACAGAGGCGUCAUUGGCGAGUUGGUGGCCGAGGGCACUGGCGAGGCACUAGUCACAGCGAUUGCCUACAUCACCGACCCCAAGACCGGUCGUCAACAGAUCAUUGGCGAGGACCGCCUCACCGUCUACGUCAAGAACAUGACGGGCAUCCGUCUUCACAGCACAAUCGACAGACUGUUGGUAGGUGACGAGCUCAAGCUCCGCGUGGUUGGCAACAAUGGCGAGACACCAUUCACCUACGGCACCGUUGACUUCUUCUUCAAGUGGGAGUGUCUCGACAGCUCAGUGCUGCAGUUGACCUCUGUUUACAAUCGUGCCAACACUACCAUUGAGAUGGAGGGUUCAUUUGGCGUGCGCGUCAUUGGCAAGUCGAUUGGAACAACUGCGAUCACAGCCUUUGCCUACAGCGCAAGCGAUCGUUCGCGUCAUCUCUUCAAGACACCACCUUUCCAGAUCACAGUGAUUGAACCCGUGGGCAUCCCUACCACAUCCCUGCUUCUGCCACUCAACACCGCCUCAGCGCUUGCGCAAUCCAUCAACACCAAGGGUCUGGAGAUCUCACCUUUGGACUGCGACAAAUACGUCAACUGUCAGGACAUCAUCACACUCCAGGACGGCCUCAAGCUCACCUCGCAUGAUCGCAUUGGAACUUGCUACCUGUCCGUUACACGUGAUGGCCAUGCCGACACCAGCAGCUUGGUCAAGGUGAGCACCAAGCCCUUCUCACAUUUGGAGAUCAUCCCGCUCAACCCCAACUCAACAGUCGUGGCAAUUGGCGACUCACUCACAUUUGGACUAUACCUUCGCGAUGAGAUUGGCGAGUUGUUCACGACCUAUGGCAAUGUGGCAUUCGAGACUGAGUUCAGCACAACUGGAGUCAUUGCAGCGCACUUUGAACAAAACACUGGCGCAUUCAAUCAGGGCCAGCCACCAUGGGUCAUCACUGCCAAGGCAAUGCGUGCUGGUGUUGUCACCUUGCGCGUCUACCUGAAGGGCAUGGAGCACAUUGAUGACUACGUCAAGAUAUUCGUUGGUCGUUUCAUCGAGCCAGACAACAUCAUCAUUCACGUUGGUUCAUCAGUCCAGUUCGAGCUGGACAAGCAACAGUUGUCUGAGCGUGGCUACGUCGUUCCAGCUACUGGCGAUCGCGUGUGGGCCGUCGGCGACUCUGCCGUGAUGACCGUCGACGCGGUCAGCGGCAAGGCCGUGGCCAACCAGCCAGGCCGUACCACCCUGCGCUACCUGAGAAACCCAUCAUCACAGACCAACGUCCAGGUGGCAAAGGUUGCAUCGAUCCAACUCGACAUUGGCAGUCAGGUGAUCAAUGAUCCAAGCGAGCGUUACAUCUACCCGAUCAGAUUCUACACUAGCGAGUCGAGCGAGUUCACCCAGCUGCCCUCCAUCCAGAACCACAUUGAGUGUCGCUGUCUGAUCAAGGAGUCUGCGUUUGCCGAGGCCAAGUGCGAGCAGUCCUUUGCCGGCUCGUCGCAAUUCCAAUGCGUGGUCACGCCCCGAGGCAUGCCCACAUCGAUUGUCGACAAGAUCACGAUGGUCGUGCAUGUGGCCGACACGCGCAAGACCUACCACCUCGAGAAGUCGUACGACCUGCCAUUCGAAUCAUCGUUCCACGUGGUCGGCAAGUCCGAGAUUGUACUGUCGCCCAACAACAACGUGCACUACCUCAACAUCCAGUCGUCCAACAACCUGUUUGUCGAGUCUUCCGACUCUUCGCUGUUCACCGUGACGCACCUGCCCGCCUCACAGUCGCCGUCGGGCUCGGGCACACUGUACCGCUUCAUGAUCGAGCCUGCUCGCAAUGCCAAGCCAUUCAACAACGUACCCAUCUACAUUAGCAACGCCGAGGGCAAGUCCAAGCAGUCAAUCCCCGUCUCAUACUCGCUGGUAGAGUACAGCGAAUCAUCGUCCGUGCCUUACUUCACGCUGUUUGGUAUCAUACUGGCGGUGCUGAUUGCUCUGGCCACCUUUAUCAUCUCGUUCAAAUAUAAUCAGAAGCCAGUCACCUCAGUUCUGCAAUCACGAUCCAGAGCCGACAUACCAGUGUCACCGUUCCGCACCGCAGCACCACCAAGCUUCACAUCACCUGGCGGUAGUGACUCCAUCUAUCUGUCACAAUCCAGGACAGGUAGAUUCUAA